GAGAGGACUAUGCAUUGAAAUGUUUGCUUAUUCAUGAGAGGGCGUGGUCAAGCGGGAACGUUGCUGGAGGGGGCGUGGCCUCGAAUCAAACAGAGGGCGUGGCCGAAAGGGCGGGAAGGGCUCCAGAGGGGUUUGCGCUGCUGAGGGGAAAAGGCGGGAAAGUCAUCCCCGCCUGCAAUUAGCGCAAUUAGGAGGGGAGGAUUAUGGCCAACGCUUCCGAAAAGCUACAAUAAAACGCUUCAGCGCCCUCUGAAACGCCUGGCGUUACAAAGCUGGCCUUACAGAGAACCGGCGCCCUGAGAUGGGAAGUGUUUGAGCUGGGCCUACAGAUACAUCAAAUCUACCUUUGUGUUUACGAAUAAACAAACACCGAAGCACGCAGGCACAACCCGUGUAGCACAGCCCCACACCGGGCCCAGGGCUCCGACAGAACGCCUUUAGAUGUGUGAAUAAAGCGGUUCGUUUCCCCGCCAGCUGUGUGAGGAAGCUCUGCGCUGUGGGAGCCCUGCGGCCUGCGCUGCGCCUCGGGGCCCUGAGGAGCAGCAAUAAAAGGCCGAGCAAAACCCAGCCAGCACCGCAAACGGACAAAAAUUCACCCCCGUACCAACAGCAGUAAUAAUAAUAAUGAGAGAAGUGGGUGUUUUCUUGCUCCCGUAGCGAUUCCCGCACUGUCGCUCCACAUCGCCGCCCUCACAGUUCUCAUCAGCCGCUCGCUAAUUGGGCUGUUAAUUGCAGUGCUCAAACAGCACCAAUACGAACCUGUGAGCCGUCAGUCUGGGCCGCUGGGUAACAGCACUGACACCCAAGAGGGUUUUUUUUGCCUUUCCUCACUUGAAUUCACGCACUUCCACACAGGGAAAAGCAGUAAAUUCCUGCUAAUAUUUCAGGCGAUUGAUUUUAUGUCGCUGUGAGUGAGGGGAAGGGAAAGGAUCCAAAGCAAUCCCAAAAGUAAACAAGCUUUUGUAAUUAGUGUUUGCCAAAGGCUAACGGGGGGCUCAGGAAAAUAUCCGACGGGCGUCCAUUAGCAGGAAUUUAGCGACUGCUAACGGACCAGGAAGGUUGUAUAGAAGAUAGGAAGUUGAUGCUUUCUGCCUUGUAAACAAAUUAGGUUAUAGCAACAAAUAAGGUGAACCUGCCUGGACAGUGCUAUGGGUUGAGCUUGUUAAAUGUUUAACGUUUACCUUUCAAUUUCCAGUCUCCAUUAAGCAGUUCUCUAAACAAGCAGAGUCCCAGCAGCAGAUGGAGGUACACAGACCAUUGCACCACUCUGGCUGAAUUCCCUAAGAAAUAAAAACCAAGUCGAGCCAGAGAGGAAGCAAAGAGGAGCUUUUCUGUUUAUCUGUGGUGAUUUCUUGAAGGUUCUUACAGGAUUCUUGGAAAUUGCCUCCAUUUUCUAUCUUUUGCUUAAGCAAAGCCAAGCGAAACAUUCAUUCCGGUGCAGAUACAUUUGCUUCUGACGGUUGUGGGGCUACAAAAUAUAAGCUGUCUUCGCUAAGAUUGUAACAUAGCUCAACUAAAAAUGUUUCCAGCAGAAUAGGAUUUCCUCACACUGACAGCAGAACCCAUCUGUAACACUGCCACCGAAUGCCCCGUGUUCCUCCAGUGCAAACAGAGCUUCCAUUGUGGACGUGGUGUAGCAGAGAGGCCUGGCUUGCAUGCUUCAGCAAUAAAUAAGAGGGAUGUUUGGAACUUGUUUUCUGAUAAAUGUGUGAGACCAGCAGAACAAUGACAUCCAUUGCGAGGAGCAGCUGCACCUCCGUCCCAAACCAGAAGCACAGAGGCAGUAACCAUCACUGCAGACAGAGCUGCAGCACUAUGGACACAGAUUCCCAAUCUCUGUCUACACUUGGAUACUUUAAAACAUUGCCAUUAGAGAUCUUUCAAAUGCUGUUGAGCUAUCUCUCAGUGAAGGACAUCAGCGUGCUGAGCAUGGUGUCAAAAGCCAUCAGCAACCGCCUCGUUAAUUACAUCUCAACCCCAUCAGGAAACAGAAGGUUCUUACUGCAAGACUUCCAUAACAUCAAACUGCCUGGCAAGAGAGAUGGAUCCUGUAUAAUAGAGCACUACAAAUCUCUAGGAUUGUUGCUUAAGAGGUGCACCCUUCUGCUGCCUACCAAAGACAGGCUGAAGUACAUACACAAGGUUCUCUCUGAAGUUUCCUGCUUUAAACUCAACGGCUGUCCGAGUCCUUUGCACUGUGUGGGAUUACAAUGCUAUGGGGUAUUUUUGCAGAUCCUCAUAGCAGGCUGGGAUGAGUUGGAAUGUCACCGGGUCUUCAACUUCCUCUGUGAGCUCAGUAGUUUACCCAGGAAAGUACAGGCAGUCGUCAGCUGCAAGCCAGGAAGUGCCAGGAAGCUGGAGCUGAGGAUCAGGCUGUUCUGCAGGAGCGUCCUGCUGAACCACUGGGUUCAUCGCAGCGAUUCUGCCUUUUGGUUGACUCGGAUUUUAAAGCCGUGGCCAAUGGUCAACCAAGCUCGCCUGCUCUACAUCAUCUUUGGGCCAGUGUCCUCUCUUGAUGGACACGUGGUUUGGCAGAAAAUGAUAGAAGGACCAACAGAUGAGACCAGUCUGAAAGGUUUAGCAGAUGCCAUUAAGCUCCUGUACGAUGCAGAAGCAAGAGAAUGGACAGCAGACGAUGUUAUCAGCCUUGUGGAUGAGCUGUCAGUGGUUCCCCGGGAGUGGCUGCUGGAGAACAACGCUCGGCUCCUCAUUCUGAGUGGAAACAACAUUUGCUUCACUUUCAUGGCCAGCAAAGCUGUGAAUGGAAGAGCUGUGGAGUUAGCCAGACUUGUGGUCUUCCUGGCCUUAGUCUGUGAGAAGGACCUGUACUGCAUGGACUGGGCAGUAAAAAUGAUGCAGAAGGUCUGCAAAGUUUUCAGCACCCCGGGAGAGAGAAACAUCUUCCUGCAGAGCGUGGAGAACGCCUUUGCUCACAUGGUCAUGGACAUGCUGCAGGCAGUGCUGGCCGGGAAUCGUGACCAAGAGGACGUCAGCUUUCUGAAUCUGUUCCACCUUGUAAACGCACAAGCUAACUUCCACAAGGAAAUACUCUACCUGACCAUGAGAAGUGGCAGCAGCACCAUCUGAUGCUGUGGAGUUCACAGACUCUCGCUCUGCUCCUCUGGAGCUCUGCCCCUCACACUCAGCAGCACUGAGGAAGUGGGUCAGGGCCCUUAGCAUUGGGAACAUAAACCACAUUCUUUUCCCACUGUGUAUGUUUGCAAUAAAAAUGGCACAGUUUUCACAUUUGAUGCACAUGCAUGAAGCAAAGAAUGUUAUCUUAGGUCAGAACCAAAAACAUUUUGAUCUUUUAGUUGUGUUUUCUCUUGGGAAUCCGUCGAGAAAAA